CAACCCCAUAAACCCGCUCAACACAUCCCCUACCCCCUCCCUCUCAUCUGUUCUUGAAGCUCUACAUUUUUCAAAUCUCUCAUCCCAACCCAUUAUAAGCAUCAUCAUCUAAAUGCCCCUUUGUUUUAGAGACGCCUAGCUGCUUCCACUCAGCCCACGCGUCCCUCCCUUCUCUUCUCUUUUUUGCUUGUUCUUCAUUGUCCCUUUUCAAAAUGGGAAAGUCUAGUGGCAGCGAGUGCUAGCAAACAACAACACUUCCCACGCUCAGCUUGGAAGAAGGAAAAAAAAAAUCCCACUUCGAAGUUUAGUCGUCUUAAGCUGUUCUUUAGACCUCUAUUUAGAGGCCUGAUUUCCAUUAAAGUUGCAAUCUUUAUCAACAAAGUUUGAAUCUUUGAGGUGAAAGUUUCCAUCAGCCCAACGAUGGCACCAUCAUUUGACUGGUGGGGAAAGGAAAGCCACAGAGGAACACCUGUUGUGGUGAAAAUGGAGAAUCCUAAUAACUGGUCCAUGGUGGAGCUAGAAGGUCCAUCUGAGGAUGAUUUUCUUUACCCUGAAGAUGAUGAUUUAUCUUCAAUGCGCCAGCAGAGGAGGCUGGAAAAGGGCGGUAGGAACAAGAAUGCAAAGCAGCUAACUUGGGUCCUGCUGCUUAAAGCCCACAAGGCAGCUGGUUGUUUAACAUCCAUAGCUUCGGCAUUGGUCAGCCUUGCUUCCGUCGUCCGCCGCCGCGUUGCCUCCGGCCGGACUGACACCACCGACACUAUAGCAUCCGAGAAUCCCAGAGUUAAAUCAAGGUUUUACACUUGUAUAAAGGUUUUUCUUUGGUUAUCUAUACUUCUACUCGGGUUUGAGAUGGCUGCUUAUGCUAAAGGUUGGCACUUUGGUGCGCCAGAUCUUCAAUUACAGUAUCUAUAUACAUUGACCAACCCGUUAUCUGUUAAGGAUCUAUUUGAUUCAAUUUACUCGAAGUGGGUGUUGAUUAGGGUGGACUAUUUAGCCCCCCCUCUCCAGCUGUUGACAAAUGCCUGUAUACUGCUCUUCCUUAUCCAGAGUGUGGAUAGGUUAGUGCUUUGUUUGGGGUGUCUGUGGAUCCGUUUAAAAGGGAUCAAACCAACUGCCAAAGAGGACUCUGUGGAUCUGGAGUCUGGUGAUGGUGGUGGCUACUUUCCCAUGGUUUUAGUUCAGAUCCCCAUGUGCAAUGAGAAGGAGGUUUAUCAACAAUCUAUUGCUGCUGUAUGCAACUUGGACUGGCCUAAGUCGAAAAUUUUGAUCCAAAUUCUUGAUGAUUCGGAUGAUCCGAUGACGGUGUCCUUAAUUAAGGAAGAGGUGCAGAAGUGGCAGCAAGAAGGUGCUAACAUUGUUUACAGGCAUAGAGUAAUUAGGGAAGGGUACAAGGCUGGCAACCUCAAGUCUGCAAUGAAUUGCAGCUAUGUUAAAGAUUAUGAAUUUGUUGCUAUUUUUGAUGCCGAUUUCCAGCCGUACCCGGAUUUUCUUAAAAGAACGGUGCCCCAUUUCAAGGAUAAUGAGGAACUAGGGUUGGUUCAGGCAAGGUGGUCUUUUGUAAACAAGGAUGAAAAUCUGCUUACGAGGUUGCAGAACGUUAAUUUGGCUUUUCAUUUUGAAGUGGAGCAGCAGGUUAAUGGAAUUUUCCUAAAUUUCUUUGGGUUUAAUGGCACUGCCGGUGUAUGGAGGAUUAAGGCAUUGGAAGAAUCAGGUGGGUGGUUGGAGAGGACUACCGUGGAGGACAUGGACAUUGCCGUCCGAGCUCAUCUCCAUGGGUGGAAAUUUAUCUUCCUUAAUGAUGUUGAGUGCCAAUGUGAGCUACCGGAGUCUUAUGAAGCUUAUAGGAAACAGCAGCAUAGAUGGCAUUCUGGUCCCAUGCAGCUGUUUCGUCUCUGCUUGCCAGAUGUCAUUAAAGCUAAGAUAAGCUUUUGGAAGAAAUUCAACAUGAUUUUCCUCUUCUUCCUUUUGAGAAAGUUGAUACUUCCAUUUUAUUCAUUCACCUUGUUCUGUAUUAUUCUCCCCAUGACAAUGUUCAUACCGGAGGCUACACUUCCAUCGUGGGUUGUCUGUUACGUCCCAGCCACCAUGUCAUUUCUCAAUAUACUUCCAGCUCCAAAGUCAUUCCCUUUCAUUGUACCGUAUCUUCUGUUUGAGAAUACUAUGUCCGUUACCAAGUUUAAUGCAAUGAUCUCCGGGCUAUUCCAACUUGGAAGUGCAUACGAAUGGGUUGUUACCAAGAAAUCGGGACGAUCGUCUGAGGGAGAUCUCGUCUCUUUGGUUGAGAAAGAGUUAAAGCACCAAAGGGGAGCAUCGGUGCCUGAUUUAGAUGAAAUGAGAGAGGAAAUUAAACAGCAAGAGCAGAAGGCUCGGAAGAAGAAGAAGCACAACAGAAUAUAUACAAAAGAACUGGCGUUAGCCUUUCUUCUUUUGACAGCUUCAGUGAGGAGUCUAUUGUCAGCCCAGGGUAUCCAUUUCUACUUCCUGCUCUUCCAGGGGGUGUCAUUUCUCCUAGUUGGAUUGGACUUGAUAGGGGAGCAGGUUGACUAGAUGAAAUGCUUCAAAUAAAUCCAGUAUGAAAUCAAUCAAACAUUACUGGAUGCUGAAGGUAGUUGAUCAUGGAAAUAGAAGAUGUGUUGGGCAGUUUGCUGCAUGAGAAUGGUGCCGCUUGUCUUUCCUCGACCAGUGGGAGCCUGAUAUCAAAUGGGCAGUUGAUAAGAGCAAGUUUCUGCUAGAAAACCGAUAGAAGUGAUCGCCCUGAAUAGGAGGGGAAGCCAUUACGAAAAUGGUGAUGUUCAUGACUAGAGCUUAGGUUUUGUUUUUCAGUUCUAUCAUUUGUGUUUUUGGAUUCUUUUGUUUCUUGGUAUAUUCUUUUGUAAGAAGAAUUCGUCCAAAAAAAAAAAAAAAAUAUCGAACACGAAAUUUAGUCGAGAGUCAAAAUAGUGAGCAGUGCAUUCUGUGUCUUGUUACAUAAUAAUGUUCAUGCACUAUAUUUAGAAAUCCGAAAGGAUGAGAGGGGAAUAUACUUCCCGGAUAAGGAUUUAGUUUUCAGGCAAAUGCCCUGUGGAAUUCUUGUAUAUUUUGGAUUAAAAUUACAUGCCUUGUGAAGGUUCUUUUUCUUACUA